CAGAGGAGAAGCAGUACUUCAAUCCAGCAAUACAGACAUGGCUGGACAUGCUGAAAGAUGCUGUUUAUGAAGCUGAAGAUGCACUGGAUUUUCUGGCCACUGAAGCCUUGAGAUGCAAAGUGGAGCUUAGCCCUCAAAGCCUUUCAAAUCAGGUAAGGAAUAAGAACUUUCUUGCAAAUAAUUUUAGUCCAUUUGAUGAAGGAAUGAAUGUCAAGAUUGAGAAGAUUAUUGAAAAACUGGAAUUCAUUGCAAAACAAAAGGGUAUUCUUGGUUUGGAAAGUAGUGGAAAAGGGAUACAUGGAAUGAUGCACAGAACUCCAACAACUCCAUUGGUUGUUGAAUCUUGCAUUUAUGGCAGGGAGAACGAAAAGGAGGACAUAAUAAAGUUAUUGUUAGCUGAUGAUGGAACUAAUAACCAGGGAUUCUCUGUAAUACCAAUUGUGGGUAUGGGUGGGAUUGGCAAAACAACACUAGCUCAGAUUGUUUACAAUGACAAGAGGAUAGAUGAGGCUUUUGAUGUAAAAGCUUGGGCUUGUGUUUCAGAUGACUUCAAUUCGAUAAAUAUAACCAAGGCACUAUUGGAAUCAUCAACUGCUAAACCUUGUGAUACAAUGAACUUGGAGCUUCUUCAGAGGGGCUUAAAACAAACUUUGAACAAAAAGAGAUUUUUAAUUGUUUUAGAUGAUGUUUGGAAUGAGAAUUUUGAGAAUUGGAAUGAGUUAUCAAUCUCUUUCAUGGAUGGGGAUCCACGGAGUAGGAUCAUUGUGACUUCUCGUAACGAAGGGGUUCUAAGAGUCAUGAAGGCACUCCCAGCUUAUCGUCUUAAGGAAUUGUCAGAUACACAAUGUUGGUUGUUGUUCCAAGAUCACACGCUGGAAAAUGAACUCAGAAAAGUACUUGACUUUGAGACAAAUAGGCAGAGAAAUAGUAAAGAAGUGUCAGGGCUUGCCUUUGGCUGUGAAGAUGCUAGGAGGCUUAUUGGCUUCAAAAUUAGAUGUCGUCUAUUGGAAUCAAGUCUUGAAUAGCAACCUGUGGGAUUUACCUCAAAAAAAGAAUUCCAUUCUGCCAUCCCUAAGACUGAGUUACCAUCACCUACCUCCCAAUUUGAAGAGGUGCUUUGCAUAUUGUUCAAUAUUUCCCAAAGGCUAUGAAUUUGAAAGGAAAAACUUAGUCUUGCUGUGGAUGGCAGAAGGGUUUGUGCAGCCAGGAGAGAAAAUUAGUAUGGAAGAGGUAGGUGACGAGUACUUUUCAGAGCUACUGUCAAGGUCAUUUUUUCAAGAGUCUGCGCUCAAUAGAUCUCGGUAUGUCAUGCACGAUUUGAUAAAUGAUUUGGCUGGAAGUGUAUCAAGGAUAUCAUGUGUUAGGCAAGAGGAGAAUUGGCAAAAAGAGCAUCUUGAAUGGUCUGAAAAAGUUCAUCAUUUUUCUUACAUUCGCAGCAAAUAUGAUGUCUUCAAAAGAUUUGAAUCACUGACUGAGGUGUCUUUGCGCAGCUUUUUACCUUUAGGAUCAGUUUCUGGAACACAGUUCUGUUUCCUGAGUAAUAAAUUUCCGUGUGACUUCCUGCCAAAAUUCAAAUGUCUAAGGGUAUUAUCUAUGAGUUGUUAUUUCAUUACUGAACUCCCAGAAUCCAUUGGGAAUUUGAGACUUUUAAGAUACCUUGACCUUUCUUAUACUAGAAUCAAGAGCCUUCCUGAAUCUUUGAAUGUUCUAUACAAUCUACAAACACUUUUAUUAUGUGACUGUGCUGAUCUUAAUAACUUGCCAGCUAAUAUUGGAAAAUUGAUUAAUUUGCGGCACCUUGACAUCAGUGGAAGUGGGAUACAAGCAAUGCCAAUUGGAGUGGAAAAUUUGGUUAGCCUUCGAUCAUUACCUGAAUUUGUUUUGGGUAACGUUGGUCCUCGUGGAAGUACAACACAAGAGAUGCCAAUAGGAGUGGAUAACGUUGUCACCCCUCCAUUUCUACCUGAAUUUGGCUUGGGCAUUGUUGGUUCUCGCAUUGAUGGAUUAAGAAACUUGUCACAUCUUCAGGGUUCACUUUCACUAUCAGGGUUAGAGAAUGUGGACAAUUUGUGGGAUGCAAAGAAUGCAAACUUAAAAGGGAAGCAAAAACUUACCACAUUGGUGAUGGAGUGGAGCAGCACCUUAAGUGAGUUGCAAAAUGAUAGAGUUGCAACAGAUGUCCUUGAGAUGUUACAACCCCACCAAAAUCUAGAAAAGUUGACAAUUAAGGGAUACAAUGGUAGAAAGUUUCCAACUUGGAUUGGGGAUCCUUCAUUCUCUAAGUUGGAGUGUCUGAGUGUAACUGACUGUAAAAGAUGCAGAUCUUUACCUCCACUUGGAUCUCUACCUUCACUCAAGCAUCUCUAUAUUAAAGGUAUGGAUGCAGUAAAGAGUAUUGGUGCUGAGUUUUAUGGGUUUAGCAGUUCUUCUUCAAAAUCUUUUGCAUCACUAGAGACUCUAACAUUUGAGGAGAUGAUGGAAUGGGAGGAGUGGCUCUUACCUACUAGUGAUGGCCACUUGGAAGUAUUUCCCAGUCUCCAGGAACUUCAAAUUGAGAAGUGUCCAAAACUGCGACAGCAAUUACCUCAGCAACUACCUUCAUUGGUAAAGCUACACUUAACUGAAUGUGAGCAGUUAUCUGUUUCACUUCCUCAGAUUCCACGACUGAAGAUUUUGAACUUAAGAGGCUGUAACUAUAUGCUACUUAGCAGUAAUCUUGCAAUCAACCGUCUUGCUUCAUUUGAGCUUCACAACAUUUCAAGUCUGAAGCAUCUACCAGAGUGGUUGCUGCAAUAUAUGCCUACACUUAAGUGGUUGGUCAUUGUUGAUUGUUCUGACUUUGUACAUCUGGCAAGAUGCAAGAACGAUAUGCAAUAUUUAACUUCUCUUCAGCAUCUUGUGAUUCGUAAUUGUUCUAUGUUGGUUUCAUUGUUUGAGGAAGAACAGCCGCUGCCUCAGAAACUUGAAUACUUGGAAUUGGACUCCUGCCAUAGUCUGAAGAAGCUACCACAUGCAUUGCAUAGCCUCACAGCUCUACAAGAACUGAUUAUUACAGAUUGUCCAAGACUUGAGUUGGUUCCUGGGACCACAUUCCCUUCUAACCUGCAAGGCCUGGUGCUCCGAGGAUGUGGUCUAGACUUGUUACCUGAACCAAUGAUAAACAAUAUCACAUCCCUCGAGUUCUUGUGUAUUGGGGGGUGUUUAGUUCUUUCUUCAUUUCCAGGAGAAGGGAGGCAAGUUCCAACUACUUUCAAGCAACUCACGAUUGAUCAGUGUCCCAAUCUUGAGUUUCUUCCUGAAGGGAUUACACAGAGUAGCAACAUAUCCCUUGAACUGCUAGAGAUUUUCGACUGCCCUUCUAUCACAUCCUUCCCAGCCGGCCAUUUGCCCACCACAUUAAAAGUACUUACUAUUUGGAAUUGCUGUAAUCUGGAGUCACUAGAAGAUAUUGCAACUGAUUCGAUGUCUCUUGAAUCUCUUCGGAUUGGUAACUGUACAAAUCUCAUUUUCUUACCCAAAUGCCUAAACAAGCUUGGAUGUCUUGACUAUUUGGAAAUUGAUGGUUGUCCGGGGAUUGUCUCAUUUCCCCAGGGUGGACUUCCUUCCCGCAGCCUCAAAAAGUUGCAUAUACUUGAUUGUGAGAAUCUUAUGUUCCUGCCAGAGUUGAUGUUAAGCCUCACAUCUUUGAAAGAACUGAAGCUGUCCAAUUGUCCUAGCAUCGCCUCCUUGCCAGAUGGUGGUUUUCCAAUUAACCUUGUCUCACUAGAAGUCAAGGAUUGUGAGAACAUUACACCAUUGUCCAAAUGGGGUUUGCAUAGACUAGCAUCACUUGAGAAACUCAAGAUACAUGGUGGGGUCUUGGAUGUUGUUUUCCCUGAGUGGUUGCUUCCUUCUACUUUAGACACUCUUCACGUUGGAAACUUACCUAAGCUCAAGUCCCUUUCUCCUUGGUUGCAACAUCUUUCUUCUCUAGAGGAACUAAAGAUCAUGGAAUGCCAUGAGCUCUUUAACUUGCCAAAAGAGGGAGUCCCACCAAUGCUUUCUUUCCUAGAGAUCAGAGGAUGUCCUAAGCUGCAACAGGACUGUGAAAAGAAUUGGUCCGAGAUCGACCACAUUCCCUGCAUUUCGAAUCAUUUGUGAUGCAGACACUGCACAAUAUAAGCUGGUGGAGAGAAGUUUCCUGGCUCUUUAAGUCUGAAGAAUUGAAUGACUAGAGUGCUCUUUCAAGCCCAAAAUCCAGUUAAAAAAAGUUUAAUGUAACUGCCAAGUAAUUUCGGAUAAAUGCAUGUCUAAGCAUUCUGAACUUCUUAUUUUUAAGUUGUAACAUCUCUGUAAAAGAUGAAACGUCUAACAUUCUAUUUUGAUCUCGUAACAUGUGUAGCUGUGCCUCUGUCAGCCGUGAUUUUCCUUUGCUGCUCUCAUUCAUGGAAUUUGUCCACCAAAGAGCUCAUGCAUUCUGACCAAGUUCCUUCCCUGAAAAACACGUAUGCCUAUUAAGGUGUUGACUGCAAACUCUGUCAUCGGUAAAUGUCUGGUCUUGCAGUGAGGGUUGUCUUAAGGUGGUAUUUUUUCCCAUCAUCUCAAGCCUUGUCCCCUAUUCGCCAUCCUAUGGAAAGGCUUCAGUACUCUCAAACAUGAACUAGGCUUCAGUAUUCCCAAACAUGAACUUCAGUUCCUAGAUUUUGGUAUAGACAUGCAGUUCCCAAGGGAUGAACAGGAUACCUUGGUUUCAAAUCUUCAUUUUACACAGCUACCAAAUCUGCACGGUGCAGGAUUGUGUAUUGUGCUCACCAAAGAAUACAUCCAGGAAAUAGUUUUGAGUUCUGAAUUUCUUUUCUUCGAUAUACUGGUAGAACUAUCGAGUAUCUUGAAUUGUCAACUACUGAACAGAGAUAACAUAGCCAAUUUUUUUCUUACA